AUGAAGGCAAACAACUGUAGCGACUUAUCGCCUCCAUCGGCGAGCAUCAACCGCUCUUCGAGUACGUCCAACGAAAUGGACUGCAAUUUGAUUUUUCCAGACGGUGGCUGGCGCGCAUGGGGCGUUGUUCUUGGUUCCUGGUGUGCGAUGGUGCCGUCGUUUGGGCUUAUGAAUACAAUUGGGGUGUUUGAAGCCUGGCUGGCAGAUCAUCAGUUAAAGGACUAUUCGAAAGCCUCCAUAGGCUGGAUAUUUAGUCUUUAUGUAUUUUUCCUUUAUUUUGGAAGUAUCCAAGUUGGGCCUAUUUUUGAUGCAUAUGGGCUAAAGCCGUUACUGAUUCCCGGGUGUGUUGGACUGGUCGGAUCGUUGAUGGUCUUCAGCGUGGCAGAAGUCAUUGAAUUAGAAUAUUAUCAAUUCAUGCUGGGGUUCAGUGUCCUUGGCGGUAUCUCUUCGUCCAUGGUCUUCACUCCUAGCGUAGGUUGCAUAGCUCAUUGGUUUCUUCAGCGUCGCGCGUUGGCUACGGGGAUAGCAGCGACUGCUGGAGGAGUCGGAGGUAUUAUCUUUCCUGUUUUGAUCUCUCAUCUCGCUGGGAGUCUAGGCUUUGCAUGGGCCAUUCGAAUCGUGGGUUUGAUAAGUGCGGUGUUCUGUGCUCUCUCCGUGGCACUUUUGAGGGCCAGAGCACCCUUGUUAAAUUCGGCACAGAAAGGAAAGAUGGAUCUCAGAUGUUUGAGUGAAAUGCGCUUCUCAUUGUUGACGGCUGCCAUCGUUUUCGUCGAUUUCGCGCUACUGAUUCCGUUAACGUAUCUACCGUCCUAUGCUCAAUCUCGCGGCCUGGGAGAUUCUCUUGCAUAUAACCUCCCAUCUAUCCUGAAUGCAGCGUCUAUCUUUGGACGCAUUGUCCCCGGAUAUUUUGCUGAUCGGUUUGGGUGUUUCAAUGUGAUGAUCAUCACAACGUUCGCCUGUUCAGUGAUUACUUUCGCUCUCUGGCUUCCAUCUCGGUCCAAUCACGCGGCCAUAUUGGCAUACACCGUGCUAUUCGGAUUCUGGAGUGGCUCUGCAGUUAGUCUUUCUCCUGUUUGUGUUGCGCAAAUUUCCAAAACCGAGGAAUUUGGGAAGCGCUAUGGUACAACCUAUUUUCUGGUCAGCUUAGGGACUCUUGUUGCUAUUCCAGUUGCCGGCGAACUUUUGAAGGUCCAGCCAAAUGGGGGACUGGAUAGUUAUUAUGGUUUGAUCAUUCUUUGCGGACUGGUUUAUUCGAGUGCAUGUCUGUUUUUCAUCUUAUCUAGAGGCGUGAGCGUUGGUUGGGGAUUCAAAGCUUUCUAG